AACAGGAUAACAAGUGACAAAGUCCAUAUUUCUAUACACAAGGGUGAGUCCUCUGAACACACCUACACAAACCACAAGUUGAUGACCCACACAGCUCACUUGUUCAGAGUCUGUGGAGGAGCAGUCAGACAGCUGCCGGGACGGCUGAGAUCAGGAAACAUGUCAGAGAAACUCAGGGGUAACAUUUUAGUGACGGGGGCCAACAGAGGCAUCGGUCUGGAGCUGGUCAGACAGCUGGCACAGAGCAUCGGAGAGAAUGCUCAUAUCUACGCCUGCUGCCGGGAGAUCGAGGGGCCCAGGGCUCAGGCCCUGAAAAACCUCUCCACUCCUGGGAAGAUCACUCUUGUGAAGCUAGACUUAUCAGAUGAGGGCAGCAUCUCAUCUGCAGUCCAGGCAGUGAGCAGGAACAUGGAGGCCGGGGGGCUGAACCUCCUCAUCAACAAUGCUGCCAUCAACAGACCGGAGUCCCCAGCCCCACUCUCUGCCACCGGGAAACAGCACAUGAUGGACGUGUACGAGACAAAUGUGGUCGGACCCUUCCUGCUGGUGAAGAUGCUGCUCCCGCUCCUCCAGAAAGCUGCAGAGAUGGACUCUGAAGGUGAUCAGAUGUCCUGCAGCAGGUCGGCCAUCGUCAACAUCUCCACGCUCAUCUCGUCCAUAGAAAAAUGUCCAGAAUCCUUCCACAUCGCACAGAUGUACCCUUACAGAACAAGCAAGGCAGCACUGAACAUGCUGACUCGCUGUCAUGCUGAGGAGUUCAAGAGACACAACAUCCUGGUGACGGCGGUCCACCCAGGCUGGGUGCGCACGGAGAUGGGGGGAGAAAAGGCUCCUCUGACCCCCGAGGACAGCGUGGCGGGCAUGCUCAGUGUGAUGCUAUCCCUCAGCAACAAGCACUCUGGGAUGCUCCUGGACUGGCAGGGCAACACAAUCCCCUGGUAGCUGUCAACCUGUCAACCUGGUAGCUGAUGACAAACACCCAAUAAAAGAUGGAGUCACAUCUGUGAUCAACCAGAAACCUGGAUCAUGAAGAAUGAUGUAAACUUAAUACUGAUACACACUUACUGUAAAUGCACUUAGCAGCUGAUUAAAUUAACAAUGUGGACAAUCCAAAGAGGAAGUGUCUUUAUCAGAGAUACAACAGGAAACACACUUUGUUGUCUUUCCACAGUUAUGUUAUAGGCCUUGUACAAUUACCUGUCAGAAAUAAAGUCAACUGAUCUUAAUAAAACUGAAGAAAAAUCUC